AUGUCAACUACAAUAAAAGCUAUCUCGCCAGACCCAACAUUAUUCAACAAGACAUUAACAUUUCAAGAAACGUCAAAAAGCUCCAGAGAGACCGUUAUAUAUAUUCAUGGAGGAGCAUGGAACGAUCCCAGUAACACGCCUAAUGAUUUCAAUUCAUUAGCCAACGUCAUCAAGUCUAUGGAUGUUGAGUCAAACAUAUGCCAAUUCUCUAUGGAAUAUAGAUUAUCACCAGAAAUUACAAACCCCAGAAAUCUGUAUGACGUAGUGGCAAAUAUUACAAGACUUGUUAAGGAAAAGGGAUUAACAAGUCUUAACAUUGUAGGACACUCAGUUGGUGCAACCUUCAUAUGGCAAAUAUUGUCUGUACUUAAACACCCUCAAGAAAAUAUGAAUGAGGCACAAUUGCAAAUGUUAGACCUUUUGCGGACAGUUAAAAGAGUUUUUCUAUUGGAUGGUAUAUACUCUUUAAAGGAACUUCUAGAAGAAUACCCUCAGUAUGAUUGUUUUACCAAGCUAGCCUUCCCUGAUGGCAUCCAAAUGUAUGAAGAAGAGCCCUCAAUAGUUAUGUCUCAUGUCAAGAAGGCGCUUUUCCGUUUUCAUGUUGAUAUGCAUGUAGUACAUUCAUACCGUGAUGAACUAUUAUCAUUAAGGCAAACCAACUCUCUGAUUGCUUGCCUUCAGAAUUAUCAAAUAAAUUUUAGGCUGUACUUAGACGACCUGGGUUUGCAUAAUGAUGUUUAUAAAAAUGACAAGGUUGCAAAAUAUAUCUUCGAUAAUACUCAUUGA